UAAGAGAUACCAGAGACUUUAAAGGCAAACUGGAAAGAGCUCUGAGGGCCUUGGAAUUAAAGCAUCGAAGUAUCAUCUCCAGGGAAAGACAAAGAUGGCUCCCAAAUGUGUUUGGCUGUUCCUGCUGAUGAGCUGUGUAACUGGACCUGAAGUCCUGAGUGCUGUCUUGAGACCCAGCUGUCCUCCAGGAUGGUUUCUCUACAAGUCCCACUGCUAUGGAUACUUCCGGAAGCUGAGAAGCUGGUCUCAGGCUGAGCUGAAGUGUCAGUCAUAUGGACAUGGAUCCCAUCUGGCGUCUGUCUUGAAUAAAAAGGAAGGCCGAGUCAUAGCAAGGUUCAUAUUUGGCUAUCAAAGAAACCUGCCUGUGUGGAUUGGCCUGCAUGACCCAAAGAAGAAUCAGCUAUGGCAAUGGAUUGAUGGGUCUACACAGCUGUACGAUGCCUGGAAUCCCACGACGAAGAGUGAAGCCAGGCACUGUGCUGAGCUCAACCCCAAGAAUAAAUUUUCAAACUGGGACAAAAACCGAUGUGACAAGUGGCAACACUUCCUAUGCAAGUACAAGCCAUAGAGCAGGAAUCAAGCGUCUGCCAGCCUGGCGAAGCUCCUUUUUCCUCCCUCUCACCUGGUGGCUGAUAUAAUCAUUAUCCCUGAGAGUAAAUGCAGCAGCGAACACUGAUGAGGCUCCAGUGCACUGACUGUCAGGCUCAGAGGGCUUAGCACGGUGGGACAGUGGCUUCCGGUCUCAGAGAUCUUAGCAUGGUGGGACAGUGGCUUCUGCUCUCAGUGUUCCUUUCUAAUAUUCCUCUUCCCUUGGGCUGUCUCAAACAAGUAGAAAUGUGCUUCCUGACCACUGGGUCUUUGUCAUACC